CUGCUCCACUACGGCUCCCGUUCGCCUUGGGCUCCCGGUCGGGCUCCGGAGGCGUCGCCUCCCCAGCUGCGGGUCUCCAGGACCUAGGCGGCGGCGCCCCAGCCAUGGCCCGGGCUCAGGCUCUGGUCCUGGCGCUCACCUUCCAGUUCUGCGCGCCUGAGACCGAGACUCCCGCAGCUGGCUGCACCUUCGAGGAGGCGAGUGACCCGGUCGUGCCCUGUGAGUUCAGCCAGGCUCAGUAUGAUGACUUCCAAUGGGAGCAAGUGCGGAUCCACCCCGGCACCCGGACCCCUGAAGACCUGCCCCAUGGUGCCUACUUGAUGGUCAAUGCUUCUCAGCAUGCCCCAGGUCAGAGGGCCCACAUCAUCUUCCAGACCCUGAGCGAGAACGACACCCAUUGUGUGCAGUUCAGCUACUUCCUGUACAGCAGGGAUGGGCACAGCCCAGGCACCCUGGGUGUCUACGUGCGCGUGAAUGGGGGCCCUCUGGGCAGUGCCGUGUGGAAUAUGACCGGAUCCCACGGCCGUCAGUGGCACCAGGCUGAGCUGGCUGUCAGCACCUUCUGGCCCAAUGAGUAUCAGGUGCUGUUUGAGGCCCUCAUCUCCCCAGACCACAAGGGCUACAUAGGCUUAGAUGACAUCUUGCUAUUCAGCUAUCCCUGCGCAAAGGCCCCUCACUUCUCCCGCCUUGGGGACGUGGAGGUCAAUGCAGGCCAGAACGCAUCCUUCCAAUGCAUGGCAGCAGGCAGAGCCGCAGAGGCAGAACGCUUCUUCCUGCAGCGGCAGAGUGGAGUGCUGGUGCCUGCGGCCGGGGUACGGCACAUCAGCCACCGUCGCUUCCUGGCCACUUUUCCGCUGGCCUCGGUAGGCCGCUCAGAGCAGGAUCUGUACCGUUGUGUGUCCCAGGCCCCGCGUGGUGCUGGCGUCUCCAACUUCGCAGAGCUCAUCGUCAAAGAGCCUCCCACCCCCAUCGCGCCCCCACAGCUGCUGCGUGCAGGCCCCACCUACCUCAUUAUCCAGCUCAACACCAACUCCAUCAUUGGCGACGGGCCAAUCGUGCGCAAGGAGAUCGAGUACCGCAUGGCACGGGGCCCGUGGGCCGAGGUGCACGCUGUCAACCUGCAGACCUACAAGCUGUGGCAUCUGGACCCAGACACUGAGUAUGAAAUCAGCGUGCUGCUCACACGCCCGGGAGAUGGAGGCACAGGCCGCCCGGGGCCACCACUGAUCAGCCGGACCAAGUGCGCAGAGCCCACGAGGGCCCCCAAAGGUCUGGCUUUUGCUGAGAUCCAGGCUCGCCAGCUGACCCUGCAGUGGGAGCCCCUGGGCUACAAUGUCACACGUUGUCAUACCUACGCUGUGUCCCUUUGCUAUCGCUACACCCUGGGCGGCAGCCACAACCAGACCAUCCGGGAGUGUGUGAAGAUGGAGCGGGGUGCCAGCCGCUACACCAUCAAGAAUCUGCUGCCAUUCAGAAACAUCCACGUGCGUCUGAUUCUCACAAACCCUGAGGGGCGCAAGGAGGGCAAGGAGGUCACCUUCCAGACAGAUGAAGAUGUGCCUGGUGGGAUUGCAGCUGAGUCCCUAACCUUCACUCCACUGGAGGACAUGAUCUUUCUCAAGUGGGAGGAGCCCCAGGAGCCCAAUGGCCUCAUCACUCAGUAUGAGAUCAGCUACCAAAGCAUUGAGUCCUCAGACCCAGCAGUGAACGUGCCCGGCCCGAGACGCACCAUCUCCAAACUCCGGAAUGAGACUUACCACGUCUUCUCCAACCUGCAUCCCGGCACCACGUAUCUGUUCUCCGUGCGUGCUCGGACGAGCAAGGGCUUCGGCCAGGCGGCUCUCACUGAGAUAACCACCAACAUCUCAGCUCCCAGCUUUGAUUAUGCUGACAUGCCGUCACCCCUGGGCGAGUCCGAGAACACCAUCACUGUGCUGUUGAGGCCGGCCCAGGGACGAGGAGCCCCCAUCAGCGUCUACCAGGUGGUUGUGGAGGAAGAGCGGCCACGGCGCUUGCGGCGGGAGCCCGGAGCUCAGGACUGUUUCUCAGUACCUCUGACCUUUGAGACGGCCCUGGCUCGCGGCCUGGUGCACUACUUUGGGGCUGAACUGGCUGCCAGCAGCCUGCUUGAGGCCAUGCCCUUCACCGUGGGUGACAACCAGACCUAUCGUGGCUUCUGGAAUCCACCGCUUGAGCCCAGAAAGGCCUAUCUCAUCUAUUUCCAGGCAGCAAGUCAUCUGAAAGGGGAAACCCGACUGAACUGCAUCCGAAUUGCCAGGAAAGCUGCGUGCAAGGAGAGCAAGCGACCCCUCGAAGUGUCCCAGAGAUCGGAGGAGAUGGGGCUCAUCCUGGGCAUCUGUGCAGGUGGCCUUGCCGUCCUCAUUCUCCUCCUGGGGGCCAUCAUUGUCAUCAUCCGCAAAGGGAGGGACCGCUACGCCUACUCUUAUUACCCGAAGCCAGUGAACAUGACGAAAGCCACGGUCAACUACCGCCAGGAGAAGACUCACAUGAUGAGCGCCGUGGACCGCAGCUUCACAGAUCAGAGUACUCUGCAGGAAGAUGAGCGGCUGGGUCUGUCCUUUAUGGAUGCUCCUGGCUAUAGUCCUCGUGGAGACCAGCGAAGUGGUGGUGUCACUGAGGCCAGCAGCCUCCUGGGGGGUUCUCCAAGGCGCCCAUGCGGCCGGAAGGGUUCUCCGUAUCACACUGGGCAGCUCCACCCUGCAGUCCGCGUGGCUGACCUUCUACAGCACAUCAACCAGAUGAAGACAGCCGAGGGCUACGGCUUCAAGCAGGAAUACGAGAGUUUCUUUGAGGGCUGGGACGCCACCAAGAAGAAAGACAAGCUCAAGGGCGGCCGACAGGAGCCAGUGUCUGCCUAUGAUCGACACCAUGUGAAACUACACCCGAUGCUGGCAGACCCUGAUGCUGACUACAUCUCUGCCAACUACAUAGACAUUCGGAUAAACCGACAAGGCUACCACAGGUCAAACCACUUCAUAGCCACUCAAGGGGAUCUUGCUCAGGGACAGGCACCAUCUGCGCCCCCAGGGCCAAAGCCUGAGAUGAUCUACGAUUUCUGGCGCAUGGUGUGGCAGGAACAGUGUGCAAGCAUCGUCAUGAUCACCAAGCUGGUAGAGGUGGGCAGGGUGAAGUGUUCUCGCUACUGGCCUGAGGACUCAGACAUGUAUGGGGACAUCAAGAUCACGCUGGUAAAGACAGAGACACUGGCUGAGUAUGUGGUGCGCACCUUUGCCCUGGAGCGGAGAGGUUACUCAGCCCGGCACGAGGUCCGCCAGUUCCACUUCACAGCAUGGCCAGAGCACGGUGUCCCCUACCAUGCCACGGGGCUGCUGGCCUUCAUCCGGCGUGUGAAGGCUUCCACUCCACCUGAUGCCGGGCCCAUUGUCAUUCACUGCAGUGCAGGCACUGGCCGCACAGGCUGCUACAUCGUCCUGGAUGUGAUGCUGGACAUGGCUGAGUGUGAGGGGGUCGUGGACAUUUACAACUGCGUGAAGACCCUCUGUUCCCGACGGGUCAACAUGAUCCAGACAGAGGAACAAUAUAUCUUCAUCCACGAUGCAAUCUUGGAGGCCUGCCUGUGUGGGGAGACCACCAUCCCUGUCAACGAGUUCAAGGCCACCUACAGGGAGAUGAUCCGCAUUGACCCUCAGAGCAAUUCCUCCCAGCUUCGGGAAGAGUUCCAGACGCUGAACUCGGUCACACCGCCGCUGGAUGUGGAGGAGUGUAGCAUCGCCCUACUGCCCCGGAAUCGAGACAAGAACCGUAGCAUGGAUGUGCUGCCGCCAGACCGCUGCCUGCCCUUCCUCAUCUCCAGUGAUGGGGACCCCAAUAACUACAUCAAUGCAGCACUGACUGACAGCUACACACGGAGUGCUGCCUUCAUCGUGACCCUGCACCCGCUGCAGAGUACCACACCCGACUUUUGGCGGCUGGUCUACGACUACGGGUGCACCUCCAUCGUCAUGCUGAACCAACUUAACCAGUCCAACUCCGCCUGGCCCUGCCUGCAGUACUGGCCAGAGCCAGGCCGACAGCAGUAUGGGCUCAUGGAGGUGGAGUUUGUGUCUGGCACAGCAAACGAGGAUUUGGUGUCCCGAGUGUUCCGGGUGCAGAACUCUUCUCGGCUGCAGGAGGGUCACCUGCUGGUACGGCACUUCCAGUUUCUGCGUUGGUCUGCUUAUCGGGACACGCCUGACUCCAGGAAGGCCUUCCUGCACCUGUUGGCUGAGGUGGACAAGUGGCAGGCGGAGAGUGGGGAUGGGCGCACCGUGGUGCAUUGUCUCAACGGGGGUGGCCGCAGUGGCACCUUCUGUGCCUGUGCCACGGUCUUGGAGAUGAUCCGCUGUCACAGCCUGGUGGAUGUUUUCUUUGCUGCCAAAACGCUUCGGAACUACAAGCCCAAUAUGGUGGAGACCAUGGAUCAGUACCAUUUCUGCUAUGACGUGGCCCUGGAGUACCUGGAGGCUCUGGAGUUGAGAUAGCAGGCGCCUGACCUGGGGCACCCAGUGAACACCCAGGGCAUGGCCCAUCAUCCCAGACUGAUGAGGAGGGCCUGUGGCCCCAACUUUGCUCAGCCAUAAUUCCACAGGGACAACACUGGAACGGACAGAUGCUGCAUCAUCUUGGUGACCCUCACGGGAAGGCUGCAGGCCAAGGAGAAGCUUUGCAAGACUGUAUCAGCCCCACCUCCAGAGGGCCCUGCAGACCUGUGCAGAGAAGCUCGCCUGGGACCAAAAUAGCUAGUGCUGGAAAGCCCAGGCCAGGCCCCUCUGCUUCAUCACAGUCCUUGGCCAGAAAUGAGUGUCUGCAGAGAGCACCCAAGGUUUGCACCCAGUGUGGUCCUUUCUGCACGUGGUGGAGGCUCACUGGGACUUGGCAGGGGCUGAGUCUCAGCUGGCUGAGUCCCCGAGAGUCCUGAAGCUGGAACUCCUCCCUGUCUCGCUGGUGGGACCCGCUGUGCAUUCUGCAGCUCCGUUCUCCAUCCCACUGCCCCUACAGACCUGGGGUGCUUUGCUCGCUUUCCUCCUGCUUCUGAGCUUUUCCUGCAACAGGACCCGUGCCUCCCUCCUGGGCUCCAUCCCUGCCUGGCCCAGUAUAUGCAGAAUGAUAUACUUCAGCUCCCUCUUCCCUGGCCUUUGGGUCUCCAUGGCUCAGUCCUGCUCAGCUUGGGCCUGUGACAAUCCACAAGGCUGAAUCACAGCCCCUGGGGUUGAGGUCCCUGUGGCUCUUGGUGAAGCUGCCACUGGAUCGGGGCAGGCUAGAACAGGGCUGGUGUCAGCUCCUAGAGUACAGAGGAAGAAGGGGUGCUUUGGGAUGGAGGACCAGUGCUUUUUUUUUGUUGUUGUUGUUAUUUUGUUAUUUUUUUGAUGGGAGGGUGGGAAGUUCUCUUAAUAAUGGGGUAGGCCACACCCCCAUUUCGUGCCUCAAUUUCCCCAUCUGUAAACUGUAGAUAUGACUACUGACCUACCUCACAGGGGGCUGUGGGGAGGUGUAAGGUAAUGUUUGUAAAGCGCUUUGUAAAUAAAUGUGCUCUCUGA